GGUGCUCCCGCCGCUGCUCGGGGUGCUCCCGCCGCUGCCCGGGGUGCUCCCGCCGCUGCCCGGGGUGCCCCUGCCGCCCUUCGCGCAGCGGGAGCGGCGGCCGCCUGGUGUGGCGCGUCCCUCUCCGCUGCGGGGCCGCUGCCCUUGGCCGCUGCCGCCUGCCCCGCAGUGGCCGCACGCCGGGCGAGGGGACGCGAGGCCUUCGCCGGGACCCAUCGCAGCAUCCUCGCCCAGCCCGCGGCAGCGCGCUCAGAGCCCGCCGGCGGCCGUGGCAGGGCACGGGGAGCGGCCUGGGCAGUGGGGUACGGAGCCGGGAGAUUCUCCAUCGUUUAGUAAUUGAAAGCUGCAAGGAGAGAUUGCAAAGGAUGAGUUAGCACGCUCUUUGAGAAGGUGUUCGUGUCUGAACAAAAGAACAAUGCAAGAAACUUGCAUUAACGAAGAAAGGAACUUCAUGUUGGUGUUGCUUAUGCCAGAAUAUAGUAAGCAAGGCAAAUUAGCUCCAGCCUUGUGUAAACUUCUAAUUGGCCAACAUGAUGCAAUUAAGCAUGGAUUCCAGGUGGCUUUGGAAAUGAAAGAGAACUGAGCGCUCUGGCUGGAAGCUGAACGUGAUGACGGCCUGGUCUAUGGUAGGGAAGCUGAAAAUGGAGAAGAGGCACUCCAGAGAAGACAGAAAUGUGGAACAAGACGCAGGGGAAUGCAGUGCUGAAUCUGAGGAAUGGACGAGCUCAGAAAGUGAGCCUGAGCAACCAUACUUCAGAGGCAGUACUCAGUGGAGAGAAAAGGAGGUUUCCACCAAACCGCAUCGGCCGCUCUGCCGGUCCCCAUGCCUGGAUCGCCCAAGCUUUUCACAGAGCAGCAUCACACAAGACUUGAAGCUAGAUGAAUGCAAAACAAAUUUGGACAAGGAAUACCAAGCUAAAAUGGAUUUUGCUUUAAAGCUUGGGUAUGCAGGAGAUCAGAUCCAGGCUGUACUGAAUAAGCUGGGAGCAGAUGCGCUCAUCAAUGAUGUUCUAGCAGAGCUUGUGAGACUUGGCAACAAAAGUGAAUCGGAGGGACAAAGCACUGCCAGCAGUACCACUGGUACUCUGGUGUCAAGAGGCCCUUGCCCAAAGGAAAUAGCAAGCCCUGAAUUGUCACUGGAAGAUGAAGUGGUGGAUAACAGUGAUAACUUGAGGCCAAUUGUCAUUGAUGGAAGCAAUGUCGCUAUGAGCCAUGGGAACAAAGAAGGAUUUUCCUGCCGGGGAAUUCAACUAGCUGUUGAUUGGUUUCUGGAAAAAGGACAUAAAGAUAUCACUGUGUUUGUACCUGCAUGGAGAAAAGAACAGUCUCGACCUGAUGCACCAAUUACAGAUCAAGAAAUCUUACGUAAAUUGGAGAAAGAAAAAAUUCUUGUUUUCACCCCAUCUCGAAGAGUUCAGGGAAGAAGAGUAGUUUGCUAUGAUGAUCGAUUCAUAGUAAAACUUGCUUUCGACUCAGAUGGCAUCAUUGUGUCAAAUGAUAACUAUCGGGACCUUCAAAAUGAAAAACCAGAAUGGAAGAAGUUCAUAGAGGAGCGGCUGCUAAUGUAUUCUUUUGUGAAUGACAAAUUUAUGCCUCCAGAUGAUCCUUUAGGACGUCAUGGUCCAAGCCUUGAAAAUUUCUUAAGAAAAAGGCCAGUUAUUCCUGAACAUAAGAAACAACCGUGUCCUUAUGGUAAAAAGUGCACCUAUGGGCACAAAUGUAAAUAUUACCACCCAGAACGUGCAAACCAGCCUCAAAGGUCAGUAGCGGAUGAGCUUCGAAUAAGUGCCAAAUUAUCUGCUGUGAAAACUAUGAGUGAGGGAGCCUUGGCCAAAUGUGGCACAGGGCCAUCCAGCUCCAAAGGAGAAAUCAGUUCUGAAGUGAAACGCAUUGCCCCAAAACGUCAGUCAGAUCCAAGCAUUAGGUCAGUAGCUGUGGAGCCUGAGGAAAAGUUAUCAGCAGCCCGGAAGUCCGAGGCCAGCUCUGUCCCGUCUCUGGUUUCUGCAUUAAGUGUGCCAACGCUCCCUCCACCAAAAAGCCAUGCAGCUGGUGCAUUAAAUACUCGUUCUGCAAGCAGCCCGGUGCCAGGUUCCUCACAGUUCGUACAUCAGAAAUCCUCACUGGAACAUAUGUCCAGUGUGCAAUAUCCUCCUAUACUAGUCACCAAUAGCCAUGGCACCUCAGUUAGCUAUAUUGACCAGUAUCCCAAAUAUGACUCACUGGGGGACCAUGGCUAUUACUCCUUACUCAGUGAUUUCUCCAACUUAAGCAUAAGUAGUAUCCGUAACUCAGAUUAUUACGGGGCUGAUAUGGACCAGGGGAUGUAUUCUAGAAACUCAAGCCCCUGUCCUGACAAUUGCUUAAGCCAUACAAGUAAUGAUUCUUAUUCCUCUUACAAUGACUUGUAUCUGGGUGUAGCAGAUGCCAGUCCAGAAGACAAUGUGAAGAGCCACAGACUGCCAUCGAAAAAUCGUCUUCAGCCUUUCCCUCAUGGUUACCAUGAAGCCUUAAAUAGAGGUCAGAGUUACGGACCCGAAGAGCCUAAGCAAUCCCUUCGCAAACAGUCAGUUUCCCACUUAGGCCUACAUGCCCAGCAUCCAGUUGUUGGAGCACGGUCCAGUUGUCCAGGAGAAUACCCUGUGCCUCAAAACGUUCAUCCGUCAACUGCACAACCAAGCCGUGCCUUGGUGAUGACAAGAAUGGACAGUAUUUCUGACUCUCGGCUUUAUGAGAGUAACCCUACCAGGCAGAGACGCCCGCCUCUGUGUCGAGAGCAGCACGCCAGCUGGGAUCCAUUGCCGUGUGCGUCAGACUCGUACGCUUACCACUCGUAUCCGCUGAGUAACAACCUCAUGCAGCCGUGUUACGAACCUGUCAUGGUGAGAAGCAUGCCUGAGAAGAUGGAACAGCUCUGGAGAAAUCCCUGGAUUGGGAUAUGUGGUGAGCCACGGGAACCUCAUAUCAUCCCAGAACAUCAGUAUCAAACGUACAAGAACCUCUGCAAUAUUUUCCCUCCGAGCGUUGUCCUUUCUGUGAUGGAAAAGAAUCCCCACAUGACAGAUGCACAACAGCUGGCAGCUAUGAUUGUUGCCAAAUUAAGAACAGGGCGCUAGAGCAGUACAGCCUCUUUUGGAUAAAUGAACCUGUACAGCACUUAGGACCCAGAGGAAAACUGACAUGAAGGAAGAGGCCAAUCUAUUGUAAAUAUUUUCUACUAAGAUAGUAUAAAGUUCUGUACACAGUAGCAACCAUAUAUAUGCUGAGGCACUAUAUAAAAGUUGAUUGUAUUGCAAAUUUUAAGAUUUUAAAUAUAGGGAUUUUUAAUAGUAUUUUAUAGGAAAUGCAUACCUUGCUGCAUGGAUAGCUCACUAAGAACUAUAAUGUCACAAUCAGUGUCUCAAAGCUGUUACUACAAAAUUAGUGUUAGCAAUUAUAUUGCAUGUAUUAGUGUACACUUACAAUUUGCUUAUAAACACCUAGUCGGCCUCUAAAAGUAUGCUCUAUACACACCCAGAUGACUUUUAGGGUUUCAGCUUUGUCAUUUGACACUGCCUACUGGCAUCUUAAGUACUGAAGAAAAAGUAAACUUGCUAAAAAUUAAAAUUGUUUAUAAAAGGAAAAACUGAUUUCAGAUUUUCAAUGUCAGCAUGGUUGUUGAUACUUAAAUUUCAGAACUGUCCCUCAAAAGUUUGAAUAACUAUUAUUAAAUUGUUCAAUAUGUUGGCUCAAUCCAACAGAGGCCAAAUACUUUAUUAAAUUAGGACCAAAACAUUAAGGAAUGUAAAGGCAUGAGUGCCAUUCAGUAAACUGAAACUUUAACUGUAGCUUCUCUCCAGAAUCUCCUCUCAAACGUGCAGUAAGCAGCUGCUGGCCCAAAUAACUAGACAAGCUGAAAAUAAAUUGUCAGUAUUAUGUAAACUGGAUUACUCAACUUGAAGCAGCAAAAACUGGAUGUUAACAUGGAAGUUCAUCAGUAACUGCAGCCCUUCCCGUGGGAGCAAGGAUGGUGUUUGAGUGAGCCUGACAUUCCAGGUGGCUGUACAAGAUCAUCUUCAAAAAGGGUGCGGGGGGAAGGCUGCUUCUUGAAAAGAGAUGCUCCAGUUUGGGUUUGUGGCAAAGCUGUCCUGGUUUUUGCUCUUCAGAUCCACGCAAAGGUGUGCAUUUGCCUCGUGAAGGCUUUUAGAGUUCCUGUUUCAACAGGUGAGAUAAUUUUGUGUGGCAUUGUUUGCGCAACUGGUAUCUUGCUCAGGGUGGGAACCUUUGUAGCUAAAUGUCUCCAAAAGAGGCGUUUAUUGGUUUUUUUAAGCUGCACUGACUGUACGCCCUUUUUUGAAUCCACUGUAUAUUUCAACAUUUUGAACCAUGACUAACUCGACAUGGCUCGAGCUAGGACUUGUUGACUUCUACUGUAGUUUUUUUCAUGAAAGUUGAGAAGGCCUGGUUUAUGGCCUUUUGUUUCUUCAUGAGAAGGUGUGACACUGCCUAAAUGUUUCUUACUGUGAAACACACAGAACGUGAGGCUGCAGUCAGGGUUGUUUCUGGUGUUUUGAUAAUGGCUUGCAUGCUGCUUUCUAGUUAUCUGUUUGUCUGAGAAACAAAGUUUAUCAUUUCCUCCACUUGUGUUACUGUAGUGGUUGGUUUGAUUCAGAAUAUCUUGUGGGCUCUUUAUCAUGUGCAAAAUAGGUUCCUGUCAUAUAAAAAACCCACCAAAUGAACCAACAAGAAACCACAAUUAUGGGUGCAACUACAGUUAAUUUACUGACAUUUGGUAACUGUAUCAUUUCACACAGGAUAAAUUUUCUUGUGUUGGUACAGGUGAUGUAUAUAAUGACUAUGUCAUUAUGUAUCUGAAAUGAAGUAACUUGAAGGUGAUUCUCUACUUGGUGUUUAAAAAUAACAAGUUUUAAUUCGUUGGUUAUUCUCUCUGUUAGUGGGGAAAAUAAUUCAGACACUUGUAAUAGCUGGGGGAAAACAGAAUUAACUCUUGACCAGUUUUCAAAAACAUUUCAUAUUUUUAAUUUGCAAUUAAUUCUUAUUCUCUUCUCUUGCAUGAUAUAAGCAGCUGAGAGCAAUGCCUCAAAUAACCAGAAAUGACCUUUUGUUUGUUGAUACAAAUUGUAUCUCUUUUUCUUGAUUGUAUAAAAACUGUGUAUAAAAAAAAAAUAAUCUCUAGAUUAACUUCAGUAUUACAUUUUCACCACAAUGUUUGUGACACCAUGUGUCACAGGGAAGUAGCCCAUGAAUAAUUAUGGAUUUUUUUAUUUAAAAUGGGCACUUGUAGUUUAUAGACAAACAGGGACAACUUUUCAGAACCAGGUUAUUAUGUGCACAAAUACUGUGUGUACACCUCAAAGCAUUACAUAGGUAUCUUCAGUCUAUUUAUUAAGCAGAUACAUUCUUGCACUAAACUUUAUGUAAAAAUGUUGCUGUUAACUCAUCUGCAUGUGUUUAAAAUGUAACAGUAAUUGCUAUAGACCCUAUUUUAUUCUAACCAAUUAAUUUAUAAAUUAUUUAGGUAUGAGAUGAAGUUUAUUGUGCACUCAUGUUUUCCAUCUUGCAUGGAAUUAAAUAUUUGUAUGCAGAAAAAUGUUUGUUCCAUUUUUCUCCAUUUAUAAAGACAAGCUAUUUUAAGAGAGGAUUAGUGGAUGAUUUUGAUGUUUCCUAAUGUGGAAAACUCAACGGAGAUUUCUGUAUGAAGUGCUGGGUGGCUGAUGGAGAUACCCAUUUUUGUUGGAUUUGUCCAGUCAUUUUAAUUUUCACUAACCUUUGUUUUAUUGAUGGAAGAAUUCCUUUUGAAACAAUGGGAAUGCUGUGAGAACACAAACCCAGCAUACAAUUUCCCUAAGGCACUUCAGAGGCAAAUUGUCUUAUUCUGAGAAGCUAUUGGCAUCUCCGUGCAUAGUGACAGAAUUGGCAGUGCAGCCUCGUGGAAACAACCUGCAAAUUUUGUGCUUGUUUAGUCCUCCUUAGAGGUGAUGCAACUUUUCUAUGUGAUGUAGUCUUUCCUGAUCAACUACUUUAAGUGAUAAUUUGGUCAUCCACACCUGUUUUCAGAUAUGUUUACAAGACAGUUCAAGACACUGACACAUUCAUUAAUCUUGAGCGCAUAAGCUUGGAUUUCUUCUUACAUGGAAGAGUUGAUCUUAUUAACACCUGAUCAUAACUGUCUAUAUUGUAAAUACAAGACUUUGUAUAAGUGCUCUUUUUUAGAGCAUGGUAUUUAAAUGUUUUUAAAACUGUAAAAGAACAGUUCUAGAAACUAUAUUUUAAUAAAAUCCAUGAAAAAACAAUUCUAGAUGAGGGGGGAAAAAAAGUGUGAAGGUAAAACCAUGGACUACUGCAGUUGAUAAGAGCUGAGCAGUAGAUUUUAGUGCUUUACUGGGGCCAGAGCAUUCUCUGGGAGUUCUGAUUUACUUACUUUCAUCUUCAGCUAUAUUACUUUCACAUAAUUUGUCACUUAAAAGUGUGUAACUUUAAAUUCAUAAAUCAAAAACCAAAUGCUUUAUGGGAUGUCAGUCUAAAUGAUUUCAUGUUUUUUGUAAGAAUUACAUGUCAGUAAUAUAGUAAAUUGUACACGAUUUCACUGCUGUUAGUCCUGUUGUUGUCAUAUUGAGCUGCAGUAGUUGGCUUUAUUCAUUUGUAGAAUUAAACAUUACUGUUUAAUUGUUGUAAAAUUUUAUAAAUCUCUUUGGGUUUUUUUGGUUGACCCAAAUAUAAUGUAAGUCUUAAUGACAAAAUGAGUGAAAAUGGAUGUUAAACCAGUAUGUGGUAUUCUUAAAUCUCUGUAGUGGUAAGUGGGCACUGCUCUAGUUGCUGCAGCAUGUCAUUUAUUUACUAGCAUGAGUCUGUUUAGCUUUUGUAAAAAUGCUUUAGCUGUAAAGUUAAAAAUAGGUGUGGAGUAUGGUUGCUUAGAACAAGCAGAAGGAGCUUCAUUAAAAAAAAAACCAAAACAAAAACAAACAAAACAAAAAACAUCUAAGUAGGUGAGUUUCCCCCUACAUACUUCUAAUGCCAGUUUGUCCCAGAUUUUGUAUUUUGGCAUUUUGUUCGAAUAAAAAAGUUAAAAAUA